AUGGCAGUGUUUGCAUCAAUCUUGCUCUUCUUGUUUACGGCGUUCCUACCCUACGGAACGUCGGGGCAUCCCAGUGGCUUGGCAGGCCCGGGGGUGUCAACAGAGACAACAACCACCACAAGCCACGGCCCAGUCUUUACAGUCCCUCCAACGGUCGACAUAGGAAUGAACGUGUUGCCUAACGUCCAGGAUCCACAAGCAGUCAACCCUCAGCAUGUCUGUCCCGGUUACACGGCGUCCCACGUCAGGCACACCAAGGCCGGCUUUGCGGCAGACUUGACUCUCGCCGGGCCGGCCUGUAAUGUCUACGGGAACGAUAUCGAGGACUUGGCCCUGCUCGUUCGGUUUGAGACAGACGACCAGAUUCACAUCCAAAUCCAGCCCCGUUACAUCGGAAAAGAGAACGAGACUUGGUUCAUUCUCCCCGAUGCUCUUUUCCCAGAACCAACCGAGCGCCGACCUCCUCACGAGUCCAACAGUCACAUAGUUGUGUCCUGGGAAAACGAGCCCAGCUUCUCCUUUACCGUAAGACGCCAAGAAACCGACGACAUUCUCUUCACGACCAAAGGCAGUGUUAUUGUGUACGAAGACCAGUUCAUCGAGUUUGGCUCUGCUCUCCCCAAGAACUACAACCUGUACGGCCUUGGCGAGGUCAUCCAUGGGUUCCGACUGGGAAAUAACCUAACUCGGACACUGUUUGCUGCCGACGUAGGCGACGUCAUUGAUUCCAACAUAUACGGGAACCACCCAGUGUACCUCGACACCCGAUACUUCAUCAGUGGUGAGUCAGGUGAGCUGACCUACAUUCCCGAGCCGACAGACAAGAAUGCGCAAUACGUCUCCUACACCCACGGCGUAUUUCUUCGCAAUGCGCACGCCCAGGAGAUCCUUCUUCAGCCCUCCAACAUCACGUGGAGGGCACUUGGAGGAAGCAUCGACUUGCAUUUCUACAACGGACCGACUGCUAAAGAUGUCAUGAAGUCUUAUCAAUUCAGCGAAAUCGGUCUUCCAGCAAUGCAGCAGUACUGGACGCUUGGCUACCACCAAUGUCGCUGGGGAUACGAUAACUGGACUGCAUUGCAAGAUGUCGUUGACAAUUUUGCCAAGUUCGAUAUUCCCCUUGAGACGAUCUGGACGGAUAUCGAUUACAUGAAAGAAUAUAGAGAUUUCGAAAAUGAUCCAGUACGCUUCGGUUACGACAAGGGUGCUGAGUUCCUGUCCAAACUCCACGCCAACAAGCAGCACUAUGUGCCAAUUGUUGAUUCCGCAAUAUACGCCCCGAACCCCGGAGAUUCCGGAGACGAGUACCAGCCUUUCACUCGCGGAGUCGAUGCCGAUGCCUUUGUUCUAAACCCAGAUGGCUCCAUAUACUACGGGGCUGUGUGGCCAGGUUAUACGGUUUUCCCGGACUGGAUUGGUGCAGUUUUGAACGGCAGUGGUGCAAUCGACUGGUGGAUAAGUGAGAUGCUUAUGUGGUCCAAGAAAGUGGCAUUUGACGGGAUAUGGAUUGAUAUGUCAGAAGUCGCCUCGUUUUGCGUUGGUAGCUGCGGCAGCAGUAACCUGACAUUUAAUCCCGUGCAUCCCCCAUUCGAACUGCCAGGCGAGCCUGGAAAUCUUGUCCUAGACUAUCCAGAAGGCUUCAAUAUCACGAAUGCUACAGAGGCUGCCUCGGCCUCAUCCAGCCUCCAGAGUCAAGUCCACGCAUCAACAGCGACAUCAACAUCCCCGGCGGGACCGACUACCUCUUACUUCCGCACAAGCCCCACGCCAGGGUCAAGGAACAUAAACUGGCCUCCGUAUGCUAUCAACAACUAUCAUGGCGAUAUCGCCGUGCAUGCUCUGAGCCCUAACGCCACUCACCAUGGCGGCGCCGUCGAGUACGAUUUCCAUAACAUCUUUGGCCACCAGAUACUGAAUGCCACCUAUCAAGCAUUGUUGGAGGUGUUUGAAGGAAAGCGUCCGUUCAUCAUUGGACGAAGCACCUUCGCAGGCUCUGGCAAGUGGGCAGGCCAUUGGGGCGGCGAUAACAUGUCGUUGUGGGCAUACAUGUUCUUCAGCAUCCCGCAGGCUUUGUCCUUCUCGAUAUUUGGCAUACCGAUGUUUGGUGUUGACACUUGUGGCUUUAGCGGCAACAGCGACGCGGAGCUAUGCUCGCGUUGGAUGCAGCUCAGCGCCUUCUUCCCCUUCUACCGCAACCACAACACUCUGGGCGCCAUUAGCCAGGAGCCAUACGUGUGGGGAUCCGUCAUUACUGCUUCAAAGACGGCAAUGCAUAUACGAUACCAACUUCUUCCAUAUAUGUACACGCUCUUUGCUCAGGCCAAUCGGGAUGGUACCACGGUCAUGCGAGCGCUAGCAUGGGAAUUCCCAAACGAACCGUGGCUGGCAAACGCGGACCGCCAGUUCCUUCUCGGCGGUGCCAUCAUGGUAACUCCAUGCCUGGUCCAGGGUGCAACCACCGUUGAUGGUGUAUUCCCAGGCCUCGGCGACGGGACCCUCUGGUACGACUGGUACGAUUUGACGGCUGUAACUGGUGUUCAGCUUGGCCAAAACAUUACAAUCGAUGCCCCCCUGGGACACAUACCCGUGUAUUUGCGUGGGGGUAACGUGGUACCUCUUCAGGAGCCCGCUAUGACCACUGCAGCCAGCCGUAGCAAUCCGUGGGGCUUGCUGGUAGUCUUGGACAAAGCCGGAUAUGCCUUUGGAGAUCUAUACCUCGACGACGGAGAGAGCUUGAAGCCAAAUGCCACAAAAUGGAUUCGGUUCUCCGCGAAAGAUGGUUCGUUGAUGAUCACGCCUAAUGGUCAGUACGUCGACACCAGCCCGCUCCAGAACGUGACUGUCUUGGGUCUGCCACAUGCCCCUUCGAAGGUAUCGCUAGAUGGUGAAGACCUGGACUCGUCCUAUUGGACCUACUCGGAAGAUAAGAGCCUUUUGGCUUUAGAAAAACUGGGCAGUCGAUUCCCAAAUGGGGCGUGGGGGGAUGAAACCUGGAACAUCACCUGGAGCUGA